AUGUUUCGUGCGCAGACGAACGCAUUUGACGAUGCCGUGUUCAAGGCCACCGACGAGAACCUGACGAGCGAGAACUGGGAAUACAUCCUCGAUGUAUGCGACAAAGUCGGCGCUUCCGACACGGGCGCGAAAGAUGCUGUUGCUGCCAUGAUUAAGCGACUGGCCCAUCGAAAUGCCAACGUCCAGCUGUACACGCUCGAGCUCGCCAAUGCGCUUAGCCAAAACUGCGGGAUACAGAUGCACAAGGAGCUUGCUUCGCGGAGCUUCACCGAUGCGCUUCUUAGGCUCGCAGCAGAUAGGAACACACACCAGCAAGUGAAGGCUAAGAUCCUGGAGCGCAUGGCGGAGUGGUCGGAGAUGUUCGCGAAGGAUCCUGAUCUGGGCAUUAUGCAGGGCGCCUACGAGAGGUUGAAAUCGCAGAAUCCGAACCUCCGCCCUCCCUCGAAGCCGCAGAAGACGCAAAUCACCGACGUCGACCGCCAGAAGGAAGAAGAGGAGCUCCAGAUGGCUCUCGCUAUGUCGAUACGGGAUUCGAAAGGCGCAGCACCUUCAUCAGCCAAAACGAAUGUCCCCCAAGCUUCUGCAGACACCUCAAGCUCUCAGGCUGCCGCGCCAGCUCAACCAGUUCCCGCAGGUACGACUGCAGCAACUGUCUCACGAGUACGAGCGCUCUACGACUUCCAGCCCUCGGAACCGGGAGAAUUGCAGUUCAGGAAGGGUGAUGUCAUCGCGGUACUCGAGUCAGUAUACAAAGAUUGGUGGAAGGGCUCGUUGCGCGGCCAGACGGGUAUCUUUCCGCUGAACUAUGUGGAGAAGCUACAGGACCCCACGCCGCAGGAGCUGGAGCGAGAGGCACAGAUGGAAGCAGAAGUUUUUGCGCAGAUUCGGAAUGUGGAGAAACUGCUCGCCCUGUUGAGCACCACAUCGCAAAGCGGAGGUGAUGCGAGGGAGAACGAGGAAGUCACGGAACUCUAUCACUCGACCCUGUCCAUUCGGCCGAAGUUGAUCGAGCUCAUACAGAAGUACUCGCAGAAGAAGGACGAUUUCACGCAGCUGAACGAAAAGUUCAUCAAGGCACGACGAGACUAUGAGUCCCUUCUUGAAGCUUCGAUGGCACAACCUCAACAACCCUACGGCGGCCGUCCGUACAGUGCUUACAACGCACCCCCUGCAACUGCCUACGGUGGAUAUCCGCCAACAUCACCUCCACCGCAGCACUAUGGCGCUGCGCCUCCUGCUUCUCAAGGUCCUCCGUCGCAAUAUCCUCCUACAGCCUCGAAUCCCGCCUUCUUCAUGGUACCACCUGGGCAACAGCGCCCUCAGCAGCAGACCCCGAAGCCUGAGCCACCUGCAGACGCGUACGCACCUCAGCAAGGAAGGAUUCCAUCCGGGGGUCGCCCGCAAAGCUUUGCACCGCAGGAGCUGUCUACCGGACACUACGAUUCUCCCAUUGACAACCGCCAGUCCUUUGCUCCGCCUCAAGGUGCUCCUUCGGCACCACCACAAGAUUACGCGUACCCGCCUUCGCAACCCCAGCCACCUCAAGCACCGCCUGGGUACCCGCCCAUCACGAAUGCACCUUUAGCUCAGCAGAAUCCUUAUGAUCAAGUUUCGACUUCCUACCCACCGGGUCAAGCACCUCCACCACAGACGCAAUCGCCCUCGGACCCGUACUCGCAGCCACCGCAACAACAACAACAACAACAACAACAACAACAGGACUACGGAUACCCGCCGCAGCAACCCAACCAUGCCCCACCGGCUCCGCCGGGAGCGACGAACAGUCCGCCACCGCAGCAAGCAUAUCUACCGUAUAGGCCGGGCGGGCAGGCGCAAAGUGCGCCGCCCGCUGGCGGCGACGAGGGGUUUUACAGGUAG